CAAAUGAUCAAGAUUGAAUUAAAGAUAAUUGAAGCUAAAAACUUAAAGGGUUCUGAUUUUUGUGGAUUAUCAAGUGAUCCUUAUUGUAAGGUCAUCAGUAGACAAUGCACUCAACAAACUCAUGUAUGUAAAAUGACAAGAAACCCAUCAUGGAAUAAAUCAUUCAAUAUGGAUGUUACUAUUGGAGAAGAUCUUAGAUUUGAAGUAUAUGAUUAUGAUAAUUUCGGUAAAAACGAUAACCUUGGAAGCACCCAUUAUCGUGUAUUAGGUGGUAGUCCGGGUCAAGUGGUUGAUACUUGGUUAGGUCUUUCAAAAAAGGGUGAGAUCCAUAUCCAAAUUAUAUAUGGCUUAACAGUUGGUGCUCCAGUACAUAGAUGCCCACCACCAAUGGGAGCUUAUCCACCACCACCUAUGGGAGGAUGUCCACCACCAAUGGGAGCUUAUCCACCACCACCUAUGGGAGGAUGUCCACCACCUAUGCCAGGACCAGGAGGAUAUCCAAUGGGAGGAUGUCCACCACCUAUGCCAGGACCAGGGGGAUAUCCAAUGGGAGGAUGUCCACCACCUAUGCCAGGACCAGGAGGAUAUCCAAUGGGAGGAUGUCCACCACCUUACUACAACCCAUUCUAAUUUAUUGAAUUAAAUAUCAUUUUUCCUUUUCUC